GUGCUGUGUGCGGGGCAUCUCUGGCGCUUGCGGCUGUGUUGCUGGUCUCGCGUUUCUGUCUCCGCUCCUGGGGCUCUGCUGUUCCUCGCCUCCCCUGGACCGAGGUGAUGGGGGACUCCAAAGAGGCCGGGGCCGAGGCUCCACCGGCCGGGGCCACUGCUCGAGGAGGACUCAGCCUCCUAUCCCAGGGAGAGUCCGAGGAACCUUCUGCACAGGGAUCAGCUUUAUUUCUUGGAGGCAAUGAAGUGAAGAGCCGAGCUGUGGUGAAAUACUCUUCUGCCCCUGCUCGAACAGCAUUUGCACGCCUUGAAGAGAAAACAGACUUGAAACUCCCACCUGCCAACUGGUUACGAGAGAGUGCCAAACUCGGGCCAGCAGGAACUACCAUUCUUGGCAAUAGUAAGAAAAGCAAGCCAUUUUCAAGCUUUGGAAUGGCAUAUGACUUUAUUGACUCAGUGGGAAAUGACGUGGACGUUGUCUCUGACUCUGAAAACAUAAAAAAGCUCCUGAAGAUCCCGUACAGCAAGUCCCACGUCAGCAUGGCCGUACACCGUGUCGGAAGGACGCUCCUGUUAGACGAGUUAGAUAUUCAGGAGCUCUUCAUGAGAUCAUCUCAGACUGGUGAUUGGACGUGGCUAAAAGAGUUUUAUCAAAGACUUAUUGAUCAGAAGUGGCAGAGGAAGAAAAAGAGCAAAGAGCAUUGGUACCAGAAGGCCAUUCUUUCCAAGUUUUUGUAUUACAGUAUCAAUGGCGACGGAGCUGCUCAGCCCGUCCCAUCUGCCACAGAAGCGCAGGAAGCGUCCAGCUCGGACCAGACGGACGACGCAGACCAGGUUUCGUGGCCCGCCCCCUUUGAAAUGCCGUCUGCGGUUCCUGAGGGUCCCAGUGCUUCCAGUCAGGGAAGUGACCCUCUUGAACCCUCAUACAUAGUGGGGCAUGUGGCCUCAGCACCCAAAGAACAAAAUUUGACUACUCUAUUCAGUGACGGGGAGAACAGUCAGGGUCUUAAAAAUGAUUUUGUUCGGAAUAUUUUAUGGACAUUUGAAGAUAUACAUAUGUUAGUUGGCUCCAACAUGCCAAUAUUUGGAGGAGGCAGAUACCCAGCAGUCAGCUUACGUCUCAGGGAUAACAACAAACCAAUCAAUGUGCUAACUGGAAUUGACUAUUGGUUGGACAACUUGAUAUGCAAUGUCCCAGAGCUUGUGAUGUGUUUUCAUGUAAAUGGAAUUGUACAGAAGUAUGAAAUGAUAAAGACAGAAGAGAUUCCCAAUUUGGAAAACUCUAAUUUUUCUACUAAAGUCAUAAAAGACAUUGCACAGAAUAUUUUAUCAUUUCUGAAAUCUAAUUGUACCAAAGAAGGACAUACUUAUUGGCUAUUUAAAGCAAGUGGCAGUGAUAUAGUGAAGCUGUACGAUCUCACCACUCUUUGUGAAGAAACUGAAGACAAAUACCAAAACCCAUUCACAAUGCCAGUGGCUAUUCUCUUAUAUAAGGUUGCUUGCAACAUGAUGAUGAAGAAGAAUCAAAACAAGAAAUACUAUGGGACUAUUAGAACAUUGCUUCUUAAUUGUGUUAAAUUGUUGGACAAAAGCAGACAUCCUCAAAUUAUUGCUUCAGCCAAUUACAUGCUUUCAGAACUUUUCCAAUUGGAUGAACCGAAAAAAGAAGAAAGUCCAGAAUCUCCUUUAAAUGAGAAUUCUGAUGAAAGUUAUAGUGAAGAGGAGGAGGAGAUGCCGGACAGCGAUGAAAAUGGAUCCUAUAGCACCAGUUCUGAUCCUCCAGAUGAUAACAAAGCAGUAGCUAUAAUCAAGUCUGUUGGAGAAUUGUCAGUUCCAGAAAAAUACAAAUCCAUUCAUCAAAUCAGACCCAGUUGUGCAUUUCCAGUUUGCCAUGACACAGAAGAACGCUGUCGACUUGUGCUCAGCUAUGUUCUGGAGGGUUUAAAAUCUGUGGAUAGCAGCAUCAAAAAAGAAAGUGACCUUCCUGCUGCAGACCCCAACACCCCAAUCCCACUAAAAUAUGAAGAUGAAUCCACAAGGGGAGGUCCUGAGGGUCUGGAGAAGCAGAUGGCCUUGUUUUUGGACAAAAUGGGCUCCCUUCAAAAGGGUAAUUAUUCCAGUCAAUCUGGAAUGAUCCCUGGUUCUUGGCAACAUAAAAUGAAACUCCAGCUGAUUCUCAAGUCGUCCAAGGCCUAUUAUGUUCUGUCUGAUGCCGCCAUGAGUCUUCAGAAGUAUGGACGAGCGUUGCGAUACAUUAAGUUAGCUCUGCAGAGCCAUGAUACUUACUGCUGCCUCUGCACCAACAUGCUCUCUGAAGUGCUGCUGUUUCUUUCCCAAUAUCUGACGCUCUGCGGUGAUAUCCAGCUGAUGCUGGCGCAGAAUGCAAACAAUAGAGCGGCAUAUCUUGAAGAGUUUAAUUAUCAAACAAAAGAAGAUCAGGAGAUUCUGCACAGCCUCCACAGGGAGUCCAGUUGUCAAGGAUUUGCAUGGGCAACUGAUUUGUCUACAGACUUAGAAAGUCAGCUCUCAGUUAGUUGUAAGUGUUAUGAGGCUGCUCAUGAAAUCUUGCAAUUUAGUAACUUAAAAAGCCAAAACCCAGAACACUAUGUACAAGUCCUGAAGAGAAUGGGUAACGUCAGAAAUGAAAUCGGUGUGUUUUAUAUGAAUCAGGCUGCUGCAUUACAGAGUGAGAGAGUGGUGAGCAAAAGUGUGUCUACUGCAGAGCAACAGUUGUGGAAGAAAAGCUUUUCUUGUUUUGAAAAAGGAAUUCACAACUUUGAGUCAAUUGAUGAUGCCACAAAUGCUGCCCUUUUACUGUGUAACACGGGAAGACUCAUGCGGAUCUGUGCGCAGGCCCACUGUGGUGCGGGCGACGAGUUUAAACGUGAAUUUUCACCAGAAGAAGGCUUGUACUAUAAUAAGGCCGUCGAUUACUAUUUGAAAGCUCUGAGGUCAUUGGGAACACGAGACAUACACCCCACUGUCUGGGACUCGGUGAACUGGGAGCUGUCCACCACUUACUUUACUAUGGCAACGCUACAGCAAGAUUAUGCUCCGUUAUCUAGAAAGGCUCAGGAGCAGAUUGAAAAAGAAGUCAGUGAGGCUAUGAUGAAGUCCUUGAAACACUGCGACGUGGACUCGGUGUCUUCCCGGCAGCCUCUUUGCCAGUAUCGAGCUGCUACCAUCCAUCACAGGCUGGCAUCCAUGUACCACAGUUGUCUGAGGAAUCAGGUGGGUGAUGAACAUCUCAGGAAACAGCACCGGGUGCUGGCCGACCUUCAUUACAGCAAAGCUGUGAAGUUCUUCCAGCUCCUGAAAGACACUCCCUGUGAACUGCUGAGAGUACAGCUAGAAAGAGUAGCAUUUGCAGAAUUCCAGAUGACCAGUCAGAAUAGCAAUGUUGGAAAAUUGAAAACACUAUCUGGGGCUCUUGAUAUAAUGGUGAGAACUAAACAUGCAUUCCAGCUCAUCAGAAAGGAGCUUGUGGAGGAAUUGGCCCAGCCUAAGAGUGAUGAGACUACACCAGUUGCUGAUUCUUCUCCUAGUCUGAAUCGAGAAGAGGUGAUCAAACUCCUCAGUAUAUUUGAAUCCCGGUUGUCAUUCCUUCUCCUUCAGUCCAUCAAACUGCUGUCUUCAACUAAGAAGAAAACAAGCAGUAACAUUGAAGAAGAUGUAGCCCUCACAACCAACAAGCAGAUUUACUCCCAGCUUUUGAGAGCAACCGCUAACAGAAACACAGCUCUUUGGGAAAGAGUCGACGUUCUCAUCCGCCUGCUGGACGAGCUGGCUCCCGGCCGUGGCAGCACCGUCCCAUGACUCACGCCAGGGCCGCGCCCACACAGAUGCUGCAGUGCCUUCAGCACGGGGGCUGGUUUGUCCAUUCGGUGCUUCUUUUAGUUAAAUAAGCGGGAAAUACCCGCUUACAACAACAGGCACAGCGGUGGAAAUGCAGACUUCUCAUUUCCCAUGACAGACAAAUCAUGGUCGAGUUCUUUGGCUGCUUCAUUGAAAGUGCUGAAACCAAAUCAGAAGGAAAGCUCCCAGUGUUUAUUUCUUUGAGAAGUGUGCGUGCCUCAAUAUUAAUACACUUGCUGUGAUGCAAUUACACCGUUAAAUAUUUUUGAAGUAUGGUAAGCUAUAUGAGUUUAAGAUACAAUUAUUUUGGAUAAAUGUUACUUUGGUCAAGGGAACUUAUUCCAAAUGAGUUUAGUCGUUCAGGUGGGUUAAAAGAACUUCCUGUACGUCUACAGUGUUUCCUUCUAAAUGCACAGAAAGAACUCUGCCCUUUUUAAGCUUCAGUGCAGGAUUUUUCGAAGACUAGCCAUUGUGCAAUUCUCGGUAUUUAGUGCAUGUUCUGAAGGGAUCUGCUUUUCUUUCACCUUGUAUGACAGUUGAUCAAGAAUAGGUACUCCCCACCCACUUUCUUAUUUUAAACUUAAAACUGUGAAUAAUGUAAGAAAAUUAUUUUGAAUAAAUAAAUUAUUUAUU